AUGUGUGGUAUUUUUGGUUAUUGUAACUAUUUAGUCGAAAAAUCUAGAGGUGAAAUUAUUGACACCCUAGUCGAAGGUUUAGAACGUCUCGAAUACAGGGGUUACGAUUCUACUGGUAUUGCCAUUAAUGGUGAUGAAUUAGAUUCCACUUUCAUCUUCAAGCAAAUCGGUAAAGUUAGUGCUUUAAAAGAAGAAAUCGAAAAACAACACCCAAACAGAGAUGUCACUUUCGUCACCCAUUGUGGUAUUGCCCAUACAAGAUGGGCUACUCAUGGUGAACCAAAACAAGUGAACUGUCACCCUCAAAGAUCAGAUGCAAACAAUGAGUUCGUAGUAGUCCACAAUGGUAUUAUUACAAACUUCAGAGAAUUGAAAACUUUAUUAUCCAAUAAAGGGCAUUCUUUUGAAAGUGACACAGAUACCGAAUGUAUUGCCAAACUGUUCAAACAUUUAUACGAUAUCAACUUACAAAAUGGUACAGAAUUAGAUUUUCAUGAGUUAACCAAACUGGUUCUACAAGAAUUGGAAGGUUCUUACGGUUUAUUAUGUAGAUCAUCUCAUUAUCCAGAUGAAGUGAUCGCCACAAGAAAAGGUUCUCCAUUAUUAAUUGGUGUCAAGUCUGAAAAGAAAUUGAAGGUAGAUUUUGUUGAUGUUGAAUUCCCAGAUGAUAGUAAAGUUGGAAAACCUGAAACACCAAUACUUUCUGCUGACGGUAGUGCUGUCUCAAAUGAUAUUUCAGUUACCUCAAAUAAGAAAACUCCACAGUCUUUUAUCAAUAAUACUUCAGAAGAAAGUAAUUUAUUACCCAUCGCCGCAAAUGAUUUUAAUUUAAGACAUUCACAAUCUAGAGCUUUCUUAUCAGAAGAUGGUUUUCCAACUCCAGUUGAAUUCUUUUUAUCAUCCGAUGCUUCAUCUGUUAUUAAACACACAAAGAAAGUCUUAUUUCUAGAAGAUGAUGAUAUAGCACAUAUUUAUGAUGGUGAAUUACACAUUCAUAGGUCAAGAAGAGAAGUUGGCGCAUCUAUGACUAGAUCCAUUCAAACUUUGGAAAUGGAAUUAGCUCAAAUCAUGAAAGGCCCAUACAAACAUUUCAUGCAAAAAGAAAUUUAUGAACAACCAGAAUCUACUUUCAAUACUAUGAGAGGUAGAAUUGAUUUCGAGAAUGAUAGUAUAAUGUUGGGUGGCCUAAAGGCAUGGUUACCGGCAAUAAGAAGGGCUCGCAGGCUGAUCAUGAUUGCUUGUGGUACAUCUUACCAUUCCUGUCUAGCUACGCGUGCUAUAUUUGAAGAGUUAUCAGAAAUCCCAGUUAGUGUGGAAUUGGCAUCUGAUUUCUUAGACAGAAAAUGCCCCAUUUUCAGAGAUGACAUAUGUAUUUUCGUGUCACAAAGUGGUGAAACUGCUGAUACUAUGCUGGCAUUGAACUAUUGUUUGGAAAGAGGUGCUUUAACCGUUGGUAUUGUCAACACUGUUGGUUCAUCUAUUUCUAGAGCAACCCAUUGUGGUGUACACAUAAAUGCUGGUCCAGAAAUCGGUGUUGCGUCUACAAAGGCAUACACCUCUCAAUAUAUUGCUUUAGUUAUGUUUGCCUUAUCCUUAUCAGAUGAUAGAGUCUCUAAACAAGAAAGAAGGAAAUCUAUAAUCCAAGGUUUAAAACUAAUCCCAAGUCAAAUUAAACAAAUUUUGAAAGUGGAACCAAAGAUUAAGGAACUCUGUAAAACGCAACUACAGGGUAAAAAGUCUCUUUUAUUACUGGGUAGAGGCUAUCAAUUUGCAUCUGCUUUAGAGGGUGCUUUGAAGAUUAAGGAAAUAUCAUAUAUGCACUCCGAAGGUGUUUUGGCCGGUGAGUUAAAACACGGUGUUUUAGCCCUUGUAGAUGAGAAUCUUCCAAUUAUCGCUUUUGGUACAAGAGACUCUUUAUUCCCCAAAGUUGUUUCAUCAAUUGAACAAGUUACUGCCAGAAAGGGCAGUCCUAUCAUUAUUUGUAAUGAAAACGACGAAGUUUGGACCAAAAAGGCAGAAACAUUGAAUUUAGUCACUUUAGAAGUUCCACAAACUGUCGAUUGCUUACAAGGUUUAUUGAACAUUAUUCCACUACAACUAAUUGCAUACUGGCUAGCUGUAAAUAACGGAAUUGAUGUUGAUUUCCCAAGAAAUUUAGCAAAAUCCGUUACUGUGGAAUAA